AGAUGAGGUACGGAAAGGUGUCCAGACAAGGGGGGAAAAUAACUUGUUCAAAGUGUCAUCAACAAGGACAUAACAAGAAAUAUUGCAAGGUUGUGCCAGGUGCAGAAGCACCUAGCCAAAGUUUACAACACCCUGCAGAAGCACCUAGCCAAACUGCACCUACAAGCUUAAGCCAGCCUACACCUUCAGCAGCAGUUUGUGAUGAUACAACUAGAGUUAGGAGGGUGAAUCAAUCAAAAAGAGUUAGAAGCUCAAGCCAGCCAGCCCCACCUACAGAUACAAGUAUUCCUAUUACAAGAGGAAUAACAAGUCAACUACCUUCUAGAAGAAGACAAGUUGCUGGACAGAAGAGAGACAAGGUUGCAACUGGAGAGGAACCUGCAACUAGCGGACACAAGAGGGCAGCUGAUGUUGGAUUUGGCAUAUACACAAGUACAAGUGGAACUCAAAUACUAAAUCCAGGAACAUCAAGCCAAAGGAUUCUAGAAACUGGUUCAGCUUACAAGGAUGCAAGUCCAACAGGCAUAGACUUUGGUUAUAAAGCUAGAAGAUUGAGAUGGAAAAACAAGAAAGCUGUCACUGGCCCCCAAUUGAAGCAGAUGGCAAACAAGAAGAAGAAGAAUUGGCAGUAUUAGGAUAGGAUGUAGUACUUAAUUGGCAAUGUAAUAUGGCACCAAACAAUUUCUCUUUUUGGAUGGUUAUUUUGGCAAUCUGCUACUUGUAUGUAGCAGUAAACAAUUUGCAGUAUUUUAAUGUUUGCUUUUGGCUACUUGUAUGCUAACUUUGAGCUCAUUCUUGAGCAUGUUAAUAUAUUAGCUACUAUUUGGGGUUA